AUGGCAACUUCGCCAGCGACAACACUACUUGGUGUUACAGCGUUCCUUUUCUUGGUGAUCCUCACUCUGUUCGGCGGACGCGUAUACGAGAGAGCCAAGCAAAGACGGUUUCGAUGGGAUGACUAUAGCAUCACGCUGGCUACUCUUCUCGCACUUAUCGAAUGGUCUCUUGUCAUCGCUGCCACUACGUAUGGUCUCGGCCACGACGUAAUUUCUUCUUCACGAUACCUCAAAAUUCACGCCCACCAUCUUCUUUUCGCUUCGGACCUCUUCUGGAUACCCACUACUGCAUUAAUCAGGAUCGGCAUUGCAUUCACAGUCCUCCACUUUAAGCAAGGCCGCCCAUGGCGGAUCACGCUAUCCCUUCUCAUCGCCGCACAAGUCCUUUUCUGCAUCAUCAGUCUCGUGUUCAUGGUUGUGCAGUGCAUACCACUGGAGUACAAUUGGAAUGAAGCCAUACAUCGGGAUUCUGUUUGCACGGCUAGCAACACGGUUCUAUCAAGCGAAUAUGUACAAGCGGGUGUCGGCACUGCCACAGAUCUCGUCCUGGCGUUGACGCCGUUAUCGUUCGCGCAGGCAGGACUUGUCCCGACUCGCGAGGGGAUCCUCGCCAUACUUGUCAUAACGCUCGGCCUCUUUGCAACCGCAUGCAGUAUUCUAAGGAUCACGCUGCUCAAAGCGUACGCGGCCUCAAACGACGUACGACGAGACGCCAUGCAUAUCACCCUCUGGUCUCUCCUCGAAGUCCAAGCCACCCUUAUAGCAGCAAACAUCGCCUCCUUCAAGUCCGUCCCACCGCCACCUCAACCUCCAUCACACCACUACUCUUCCGUGCGAAGGCGCCGUCGAAACCCGAGAUCCCGCCGCACUUCAUCCCUCACGCACACUGACUCUUUCCAGCUUCCUUCGCUGCACCUAUCGCUCACAAACUCGCACAAGCACAGUCUUGGCCUCGAUACGAACGUGUCGUCCUUGACGGGGUCAUCGACGCUCAAGCGAUCGCGCAGUGAGGAGAUUAUCUGGCCGAGGGAAUUCAAGGGAGAGGGGAGCGAUGAGGAUGGACACGAUAGCCCGUGGCAGGAGAUCAUGGCGGCGGGAGGGAUAUUGAUGACUACGGAGCUGGACGUGAGGAGUGAGGUGUUGAGUCGGGUGGGAAGCAGCGAGAGAGAUAGGGCGAGUAGAGAACAUGCAAGGAGGGAAGAGUGGGCGAUAGCGGAAGAUAGUGAGGGCAUUAAAGGGGAUUGGAGUGCGGUGUGA